GUGUAUUUUUUGCUGAUAAUGAUGAUCGAAAUUUGUCUGAAAGAUUACUAGGUGAAAUACAAACUAACAAUCGUGCAGAAAUCUAUGCUGUGAUUAGAGCUCUUGAAGAAAAAAAUAGAUAUAUGAGUUAUAAUAAUAAAUCUAUUAAAAACCAAGAUUUAAUUAAAAGGUUAAAAAAACUUAUUGACUAUAGAAUUGGAACAGUUAAAUUAGUUCAUGUUAGAGGUCAUUUAGGAAAUUAUGGAAACGAACAAGCUGAUAGAUUAGCCAAACAUGGUUCAUUGAAAGAAGCAGUUGCACAAAUCUCCAAAUUAGAAAAUAAUAUUU